GCUGAAUGAGCGGAUGCUUUCUCUGGAGAGCAUGUUUCUUUCCGGAAGAAAACUCCGUUGCACCAUCUGGCGUCGCUCUAAACCGGUAUUGUCUCCAGGAAGAGCGGUAGAAAGACACAAUGGAUGAAGAACCAGAGAGAGCCAAGCGCUGGGAAGGGGGCUAUGAGAGGACAUGGGAGGUGCUGAAGGAGGACGAAUCUGGCUCACUAAAAGCCACAGUGGAAGAGAUCCUGUUCCAGUCCAAAAGGAAAAGGGUGACAGAGAGCCAUGGACAAGUGAGGCUUGGAAUGAUGCGUCAUCUCCAUGUGGUGAUUGACUGUUCAAGAAGUAUGGAAGACCAGGACUUGAGACCAAACCGCCUCACCUCUACUCUAAAGCUGAUGGAAGUUUUUAUCGAUGAGUUUUUUGACCAAAACCCCAUCAGUCAGCUGGGCAUUAUCACCACGAAGAAUAAAAGAGCUGAGAAGCUGACUGACCUGGCAGGAAAUCCAAAGAAGCACAUUGUUGCUCUGAAGAAAGCAAAGGACACGGUGUGUGUAGGAGAGCCGUCCCUAUACAACUCUCUCAACCUGGCCAUACAAACCCUCAAGCACAUGCCUGGACAUACGAGCCGGGAGAUCCUGAUAAUCCUCAGCAGCCUCACCACAUGUGACCCAGCCAACAUCUCUGAGCUGAUUAAGACCCUGAAGUCUCUGAAGGUGAGGGUGUCUGUAAUCGGCCUGUCAGCAGAGGUCAGGGUGUGUACGGUUUUGACCAGGGAGACGGGCGGCUCGUACCACGUUAUCCUGGAUGAGAGUCACUUCAAAGAGCUGCUGAUGCUGCAUGUCAAACCUCCUCCAGCCAGCUCCUCAUCUGAAUGCUCUUUAAUACGUAUGGGUUUUCCUCAGCACAACAUCGCCUCUCUGUCUGACCAUGAUGCCAAGCCUUCGUUCAGCCAGUCUCAUCUGGACUGCAGCAGUGGUGCCGGGCUGUCUCUGGGAGGAUACUUCUGUCCGCAGUGCCACGCCAAGUACACAGAGCUUCCCGUGGAGUGUAAAGUCUGUGGUUUGACUCUGGUGUCGGCACCCCAUCUCGCCAGAUCCUUCCACCACCUCUUCCCCCUCCAAGCUUUUACAGAGAGUCCUGUGAAGGACCUCCGAGGCGACAGGUUCUGUCAAGCUUGUCAAGGGGAGCUGAAAGAUAAAAGUAUAUUUACCUGUCCAGCAUGUUGCAGUGUGUUCUGUGUGGAGUGUGAUAUCUUCAUCCAUGACUCGCUACACUGCUGCCCCUGCUGUAUUCACAGUCAGAGUGCCUCCUGAAGCUGAGAGGCCAACUGUGAGAGACUGAAAUAAACUCAGCGGUUGGCUCAUUAUAUGCAUCUCAUCAGUGUUAUCCACCUCUCACAGAAUGGAUAGGAUGCACACAGGCUAUGGAUCAUCCGAAUGGUCAUAUUUCAGAGUUGUUGAAGAUUGGCGCAAAAUAUUGGACAAUUUCAGUUUAUCCAAAUAGUUUGAAGGUGCAGCACCUUCUUACUGAAGACUGUGUUGAGUUGGACCAAAGCCUCUGCCUGCUCUGAGAUCUACAUCUUAGCCGCUGCACUGUUUUCCUGCUGUUAAACAGCACACCACUUUAUAUAUGUCAGAAAUGGUUUGUGUGCAUUGUUUAUACACACUUUUGUACUACAGUUCUGUUUGUGACAUGGCAGUUACAAUAAAACAUAUUUAAGACA